GGUCGUUCCCUAUCGAUUGUUUACAGUUUGUACGGUACGUCCGUAGUCUAUCGCUGACUUCUGUUUUCAACGUUCACAUUAAGAGCUCUUGACGUGACAAGUGUCGGUUAGAAUUCUUAAUAGGUUGCAAAAGUACAAGGUUGAUCAGAAUGCCGACACGGGAGACAGAAGAGGUUGACUGGAACAACCAGGACCCAGCAUCAGUUGUUUACAUGAUUGGGAUCUAUGGCUGGAGAAAGCGCUUCAUCUAUUUUCUUAUUCUGGUGUUGAUGGUGAUUACCAUCGUGAACCUUUCUCUUGUCAUCUGGGUCAUGAGAGUUAUGGAUUUCAACCUGGAUGGUAUGGGAAAACUGAGGAUAACUGAUCAAGGGUUGAAACUCUAUGGGGAAGCAGAAUUUGUCAAAGAGUUACGUGCAAACAUGAUAAGACCAAGACACAACUCUGAACUUACUCUUCAGUCCACGGCAAAUGUAACUGUAAAUGCCCGUGACCCAGAUGGAAAUAUUACAGGUCAACUUUUCAUAGGAAAUGAUGAAGUAGUGGCUCGUAACCAGAAGUUCUCCAUCAAGACAGAACGAGGAAAAGAUAUACUCUAUGCAGACAAAGAUAAAAUUGUCUUUAAGGCUGAUAAGUUGGAGUUUUUGAGUCCAAAUGGAGCUCAUUUCAGUGGUUCAGUUGAAACUGAGAGUCUGAGGGCCCCUCCCAAGAAGGACCUACGAUUGGCUUCCUUGACCAGAUCCUUGCACAUGGAUGCUCCAAAUGGCAUGAACUUUAAAUCUGCAGCUGGCAGUGUAAGAAUUAAAAGCCUGCAGGAUGUGACUAUCAAAUCCAUGAGUGGAAAG